AUGGGCUCGUCGUCUGCAUGGACAAUUCGCCGGCGUCGAGAUGAACGGACAAAUGUCAAAAAUGAAAAUCGGAAGAAGCUCGUCCAAGAAAAACAGGCACCGAAAAUCCCGCCUCCGAGACAGCGCCGGAAAUUUGCAUCCAAAAUAACAGAAGUGCAGCAAGAAGAAGCCACAGCAAAAAAAACUCCACAUUGUAGCCGCACGCGACGCGGGUCCAACAUCACCUCCCCUCCUCUACCAAUUGAACACCUCAACACAGCUGCUGCUGAAGACAGCGGACGACACGCGCUCCCCGAUUACCAGAUCCGCCGACUCGAAGCACCCUCCCGCAGCGAGAUUGACAUCGCCGAAUUGCCAUGCGAAUGUCGGCUAUAUGCUGCAACUGAGCACAUCCAGUAG